AUUUGCCCGUGACGUCACGCGGCUGGGGUAUAUUCGCUCACUGAGGCUAUGUGGAGAGUAGUGAUGUCGGAGGAGAUUGGGAAGAAAGUGCAGGCGGUGGUGGACCGGGUGAAUCAAGCGGUUUCCCGGCGCCCGAAGACGUUACCAUGUAUAGCCCCUCGUCUGGUUGCGGUUAGCAAGACGAAACCACCAGAGAUGGUGGUGGAGGCUUACAAGCAUGGACAACGAAACUUUGGAGAGAAUUAUGUAAAUGAACUUGUUGAGAAAGCUUCCCAUCCUGUGGUUGCGUCAUCAUGUCCUGAAAUAAAAUGGCAUUUCAUCGGUCAUCUGCAAAAGAAUAAUGUCAACAAACUCCUGGGUGUCCCAAACCUGUAUAUGGUGGAGACGAUCGACUCUGUGAAACUGGCUGAAAAAGUCAACAGCUCGUGGCAAAAAAUGAAAGCUGCCAACACACAGCGGUUAAAGAUUAUGGUUCAGAUCAACACCAGCGGAGAGGAAAGUAAACAUGGCCUGCCACCCGAUGAGACCGUGAACGUGGUAAAACACAUCGUAUCUCAGUGUCCAGCUCUUGACUUCGCCGGUCUCAUGACAAUCGGCCGUUAUGGUUACGACCUCAGCGAAGGCCCUAACCCCGACUUCCAGAUGCUGUUGAAAUGGCGUGAGGAAGUUUGUGAAAAUCUGAAGAUGCCAGUAGAUCAGGUUGAGCUCAGUAUGGGAAUGUCUACUGACUUUGAACAUGCGAUCGAGGUUGGCUCCACGAACGUACGUGUCGGCAGCACUAUUUUCGGCACCCGAGAAUACCCCAACACCCCGAGCCCCAGUCCAGAGAGAAAGCCAAAGGUUGUAUGUGAGGAAGCAGCCAGAAAAAUGGACCGGCUUACGGUCACAGAGCAAUGAAUGAUGGGGGAAAAAAAGGUUACUGAACUAAAUGUGGGACCUCUUGGGUUUCUACCCAGUGACUGGGCUCACCAUUCACCAGUCAAGGGCCUUUAAUAUGUCUUAACUAAUGCUGCUGACCUGGUCUUCUGUGGCGAACGAUCUAGAAAGGAGUGUCAUUUAAUAACUGGAAUACUAAAUUUACUUCCUAAAGUGUCCUCCAGCCCUCUGUAAAAUAUUUGCGCUUGGUUUUGCGAUUAUUUUUAACAGAUACAGGGUCAGCACAUACUCAGUUUCGUUGUGCCAAUCGUAGAUGUGAGGUAUAAUUUGUCAUUUCCGUUAGAUGUUAGUAACCCAUUUUAACAUCUAAUUAAAACAAUAGGAUGUAUUAUUUUUGCUCCUAGAAGUGUGUAGGUAUAUUUUAUAGUGUGUCAGUGUAUUGUUUUGUUCGAAAUCAUAAAUGUAAAUGAUAUAAAUAGCACAUUUAUAGUAUUGCUUCAGUAUCCACUUGUUGCUGUGAAAGCUGUCAGUGAGAUGUGUCGGGACUGACGUGUGUGUGGUGUUGUCAUGUAAUUCAUGUAGUAUUUCAUGUCACCCUAAACACUGGUGUUGAAUUUAGCAUUGAUCUACAGCCACACUGGUUUCAGUACAGAACAUAGAAAUGAAGAUGCAAUGAAAUCAGGUGACGAGCAGUUUUAUGGCGUUUUGGAGAAGCUGUGGGUCUGAGGCCUUUUACUAUGCAAAAGAGAGAUUGUUCUGAUUCUUAGAAGCUUGUUCAGAGGCAAGCGCAUCAUAUUUUUGUUUUUAAAUUUGGAUUAAUACAGUAUUGUGUCAGACUAAUGGGUUUACUGUUUGUGGUCCGUUGUGAAAAGUCAAAACAGAAAUUAACAUUUUUUUUUUUUCAAUCAGCGUGUCAAAUAACAUCUUGUAUCUUGACAAUAGAUAGUUGUACAUAAAUAUAAUUGAUUUAAGUGAGUUGAGCAAUAAAACAAUAGAAAAUAAAAUGAUUUGUGUGUAAAUGCAUAUACAAAUGCUGUGGUCAACUUUUAGUAUUUACAUUUUUUUUACAUAAUAUAUAUAAUGAUAUAGAAAAUAACUGGUAAGAUUUUGUUUCUCAAGUAAAUCUCUUAUGCUUACCAAGGCUGCAUUUAUUUGAUCAAAAAUGCAGUAAAACAGUAAUAUUGUGUAAUAUUAAUAUUUUAAAAUAAGUCUUUUCUAUUUUAAUACAUUUUACCAUGAAGGUUAUUUCUCAGAAGUCAUUCUAAUAUGCUGAUUUGAUGCUCAAGAAACAUUUCCUAUUAUUAUCAAUGUUGAAAAUAGUUUUAGCACAAUAUUAACAGCGCUUAAUAAAAAAUCAGGAUUUUUUUCAUAAAUUGGAAGUUUGAAAGAGAGUGCAACAAAUUUGUCUUUUUAUCAAUUAAAUUGAUCCUUGGUGAAAAACAAAAAAAAGUAUAAAUCUUUUUUUCUUUUUUUUUUAAUUCUUACUGACCCCAGAGUUUUGAAUAGUAGUGUAUGUACAUUUACAUAUAAAAGAUAAAACUUUUUUCAUUCUAGUAUAAAUUAUGUGUGUAUGGAAGCCGUUUCUGCCAUGGAAAAACAAAAUAAAAAAGGUUAUUGCAA